UUCACUUCCUGAUUCCAGUGGGUUGAGACUCAAACUGCUCAGAGAAGAGGAACAUGUCCGCCGUGCAGCUGCUGCGGGAGUCGGUACAUGAGCGGAUCCUCGCUGCCGCUGAAGACUUCCUGCUGCAGGUGGAGAAAGGAGGAAGAAAGGCUCGAGUCCCGGAGCUGAGAGCGAUGCUCACCGAGCGGCUCACAGCGGCGGGGGAGCAGAUCCUCGCGGGGCUGGAGGAAACCUUGGCGGAGUAUGAAGACCGAGUGGAGCAGUCCGAGCGGGAGAUCUGCCGCCAGAGGAGGCUGCUCGAUGCCGUGAUGCAGCCCGUGGUCCGGCUGCACAGAGCAGGUCAGUCCCUAGACUCAGUUUGUCCUGCAGACGUCCAGCAACUGAUGGUGUAUAAAGAAGAGAUUCCCCCUGAUCAGCAGCAGUGGAGCCCCCUUGUGGACCAGGAGGACCCAGAGCCCCCCCACAUUAAAGAGGAACAGGAGGAACCGUGGACCAAUCAGGAUGGACAGCAGCCUCAAGGACUGGAGGAGACUGAUAUCAAGUUCACAUUGACUCCUGACGCUGUGAAGAGUGAAGAAGAUGAAGAGAAACUUAAAUCGUCAAAGCUUCAUCCGAGUGAGACGAAGGAGAACAGAGCGGACUGUGGAGGACCAGAACCAGCCAGGAACUCAGGUCCUGGUGGAUGUUUACAACCAGGUCCUGAGGACAAGACUGAAGACUCUGCUGAGACUGAAGACAGUGAGGAUGAUUGGAUGGAGACAUGGGAACCUCAGACUGGUUUAAAUAGAAAAAGAAAUAACAAACAGCCUCUAAGUGAUAUGGGAGUUUGUCCUGCAGACGUCCAGCAACUGAUGGUGUAUAAAGAAGAGGUUCCCCCUGAGGAGCAGCAGUGGAGCCCCCUUGUGGACCAGGAGGACCCAGAGCCCCCCUACAUUAAAGAAGAACAGGAGGAACCGUGGACCAAUCAGGAUGGACAGCAGCUUCAAGGACUGGAGGAGGCUGAUAUCAAGUUUACAUUGACUCCUGUCGCUGUGAAGAGUGAAGAAGAUGAAGAGAAACUUAAAUUGUCAAAUCUUCAUCUGAGUGAGAUAAAGGAGAACAGAGCGGACUGUGGAGGACCAGAACCAGCCAGGAACUCAGGUCCUGAGGACAAGACUGAAGACUCUUCUGAGACUGAAGACAGUGAGGGUGAUUGGAUGGAGACCAGGGAACCUCAGACUGGUUUAAAUAGAAAAAGAAAUAACAUACAGCCUCUAACGGAUAUGGGAGUUAGUCCUGCAGACGUCCAGCAACUGAUGGUGUAUAAAGAAGAGGUUCCCCCUGAGGAGACGCAGUGGAGCCUCCUUAUGGACCAGGAGGACCCAGAGCAACCCCACAUCAAAGAAGAACAGGAGGAACCGUGGACCAAUCAGGAUAUACAGCAGCUUCAAGGACUGGAGGAGGCUGAUAUCAAGUUCACAUUGACUCCUGUCGCUGUGAAGAGUGAAGAAGAUGAAGAGAAACUUAAAUCGUCAAAGCUUCAUCCGAGUGAGACGAAGGAGAACAGAGCUGUCUGUGGAGGACCAGAACCAGCCAGGAACUCAGGUCCUGAAGGACAUUUACAACCAGGUCCUGAGGACAAGACUGAAGACUCUGCUGAGACUGAAGACAGUGAGGAUGAUUGGAUGGAGACAUGGGAACCUCAGACUGGUUUAAAUAGAAAAAGAAAUAACAAACAGCCUCUAAGUGAUAUGGGAGUUUGUCCUGCAGACGUCCAGCAACUGAUGGUGUAUAAAGAAGAGGUUCCCCCUGAUCAGCAGCAGUGGAGCCUCCUUGUGGACCAGGAGGACCCAGAGCCCCCCCACAUUAAAGAGGAGCAACCGUGGACCAAUCAGUAUGGACAGCAGCUUCAAGGACUGGAGGAGGCUGAUAUCAAGUUCACAUUGACUCCUGUCGCUGUGAAGAGUGAAGAAGAUGAAGAGAAACUUAAAUCGUCAAAUCUUCAUCUGAGUGAGAUAAAGGAGAACAGAGCGGACUGUGGAGGACAAGAACCAGCAAGGAACUCAGGUCCUGAAGGACGUUUACAACCAGGUCCUGAGGACAAGUCUGAAGACUCUUCUGAGACUGAACCCAGUGAGGAUGAUUGGAUGGAGACUAGGGAACCUCAGACUGGUUUAAAUACAAGAAAUAACAAACAGCCUCUAAGUGAUAUGGGAGGUAAGACAGGAAAAAAAUCGUUUAGUUGCUCUGAGUGUGGUAAAAAAUUCAACCUAAAGGGCAAUCUAAAUAUACAUAUGAGGAUUCAUACAGGAGAGAAACCGUUUAGUUGCUCUGAGUGUGGUAAAAUAUUUAACCGAAGGGCCAAUCUAAAUUCACACAUGAGGAUUCAUACAGGAGAGAAAUCGUUUAGUUGCUCUGAGUGUGAUAAAAGAUAUACCCAAAGGAGUUGUCUAAAUAGACAUAUGAUGAGUCACACAGGAGAGAAACCGUUUAGUUGCUCUAAGUGUGAUAAAAGAUAUACCCAAAGGAGUUGUCUAAAUAGACAUAUAAGUAGUCAUACAGGAGAGAAACUGUUUAGUUGUUCUGAGUGUGGUAAAAGAUUUAACCUAAUGUACAGUCUAAAUUUACAUAUGAGGAGUCAUACAGGAGAGGAGCCGUUUGGUUGCUCUGAGUGUGGUAAAAGAUUUAACCAUAGGAGCCAUCUGAAUUCACACAUGAGGAUUCAUACGGGAGAGAAAUCGUUUAGUUGCUCUGAGUGUGGUAAAAGAUUUAACCAAAAGGGCAGUCUAAAUAUACAUAUGAGGAGUCAUACAGGAGAGAAACCGUUUGGUUGCUCUGAGUGUGGUAAACGAUUUAACCAAAAGGGCAAUCUAAAUAGACAUAUGAGGUAUCAUACAGGAGAGAAAACCGUUUAGUUGAUCUGAGUGUGGUAAAAGAUUAAAGAUUCAGUCCCAUUUUACGAGACGUGAGGAUUCAUAAAGGAGAGAAGUGAUUCAGUUGCAGCCUUUGCAACAAAAUAUUUAUUAGGAUUUAGCAGCAGAUAUUCAUAUUAUACAAAUUCAUAGUUCACUAUUUUAAAUAGACUAUUAACAGUUUUUAUGUCCCUAGAAAAUAUAACUCAUUGAAUGACACGAAAGAUUUGUGUUUAAAUAUCUUGUUUCUACUGAUUUUCUACAUAAUUUAUCUAUUUUUCAUAAAGUCCAUGUCAUUUUAAGGUUAGAGUGUGUUCCUUGCACAGUAUGAAUGUGUGUUCUUAACUAGUUCAUAUAAUUAAAUAUGUUUGUUUUAAAGCAAUGGUUUCUUGGUUUGUGAGAUUCAAUGACAGUGUGUGUUCUCCUUUAUGUAUUGAAUGUG